GGGCUCAGCUGGGAGCCCGCGGAGAGGCGGAUGCCCUGGUCUCCGUCGGCCAGCAGGAUGUCCAAGGUUCCGGAGCUAGAAGACGCUUUCCUGCAGGUUCAACCUUCGUCCCAAGUUUCCCCCGAAGUCCAGGAGGAGUGUUGUGUGCAGCUCCUGGGCAAGGGAUUGCUGGUCUACCCCGAGGAGAGGGCGUACCUGGUGCCUGAAACUCAACCUGGGGGCGCGCUGGGCAACCGGGAGAAAGGUGAUAAUCCCGAGCUGCGGGUGGGAGUUAAAUCCGAAAUGCAUUUAAGCAAUGGCAGCUUUUCCUCUGAAGAAGAAGAUGCAGACAAUCAAGACAGUAAAACCAAAACAGCUGAUUCGCACCUUUCUCAGAAGAAAACCAUCACACAGAUCAUGAAGGAUAAAAAGAAACAGACUCAGCUCACGUUGCAGUGGCUUGAAGAGAAUUACAUUGUAUGUGAAGGGGUUUGCUUACCAAGGUGCAUCCUUUAUGCACACUACUUAGAUUUCUGCAGGAAAGAAAAAUUGGAGCCAGCUUGCGCAGCCACCUUUGGAAAGACAAUUCGCCAGAAGUUUCCUCUCUUAACAACAAGGCGGCUUGGAACGAGAGGUCAUUCAAAGUAUCAUUAUUAUGGGAUUGGCAUCAAAGAGAGCAGUGCCUAUUACCACUCCGUUUAUUCUGGAAAGGGCCUGACAAGGUUUUCUGGGAGCAAGCUGAAGAAUGAGGGUGGCUUCACUCGUAAAUAUUCACUUAGCUCAAAAACUGGAACACUUCUUCCAGAAUUCCCCAGUGCUCAACACCUUGUGUACCAAGGAUGCAUUGCUAAAGACAAGGUUGAUACCCUCAUUAUGAUGUACAAAACUCACUGCCAGUGCAUCCUGGACAAUGCAAUUAAUGGGAACUUUGAAGAGAUCCAGCAUUUUUUAUUACACUUUUGGCAAGGAAUGCCUGAUCAUCUUCUUCCCCUGCUUGAAAACCCUGUGAUCAUUGAUAUUUUCUGUGUCUGUGACUCAAUUCUUUAUAAGGUUCUUACAGAUGUCCUCAUUCCUGCAACAAUGCAAGAAAUGCCUGAAAGUUUAUUAGCAGACAUAAGAAAUUUUGCUAAAAAUUGGGAACAGUGGGUUGUUUCAUCAUUAGAAAACUUACCAGAAGCACUAAUUGACAAGAAAAUACCCAUUGUACGAAGAUUUGUAUCUUCUCUGAAACGACAAACAUCUUUCUUGCAUCUUGCUCAGAUUGCUAGACCAGCUCUCUUUGACCAGCAUGUGGUAAAUUCUAUGGUGUCUGAUAUUGAGAAAGUUGACUUAAAUAGUAUUGGAUCUCAGGCCCUUCUCACCAUCUCGGGCAGCACAGAUACUGAAUCUGAUCUCUACACUGAACAUGACUCAAUCACUGUGUUCCAAGAACUGAAAGAUCUCCUUAAGAAGAAUGCCACCGUGGAGGCUUUUAUUGAGUGGUUGGAUACAGUGGUAGAGCAAAGAGUUAUUAAGACCAGCAAACAAAAUGGAAGAUCAUUAAAGAAGAGGGCUCAAGACUUUUUGCUCAAGUGGAGUUUCUUUGGUGCUCGAGUAAUGCAUAAUCUCACCUUGAACAAUGCAUCCAGUUUUGGCUCUUUCCAUUUGAUCCGAAUGCUUCUUGAUGAGUACAUUCUCCUGGCCAUGGAGACCCAGUUUAAUAAUGACAAAGAGCAGGAAUUACAGAAUUUAUUGGACAAGUAUAUGAAGAAUUCAGAUGCAAGUAAAGCUGCCUUCACUGCUUCUCCGAGUUCAUGCUUUCUCGCCAACCGUAAUAAAGGAAGCUCGGUUUCCAAUGACUCUGUGAAGAAUGAAAGCCACAUGGAAGCAGCCUACCUUCCUCUGCCAGCCAGUCAGCCUGGAGGCUUGCCCUCUGCGCUUCACCCAUUCUCCACUGCCAGCACCGAUGACAUGGCUCUCUCAGGUCAAAUGGAGCUCUCCCACAACACUGGUCACCUGAUGACACCACCAAUUUCCCCAGCCAUGGCAAGCCGAGGAAGCGUCAUUAACCAAGGACCAAUGGCAGGGAGACCCCCAAGUGUGGGCCCCUUGCUAUCCACUCCAACACACUGCUCCACAUAUUCAGAGUCCAUUUAUCCUCCUCUUCCCCAGGCCAACCACGAUCUUUAUGGGACCAACUCGAACUAUCAGACUAUGUUUAGAAUGCAGCCCCAGCCACCAUCAGGACUCUAUCCUCAUCGCCCAGAGCAUGGUCGAUGUGUGGCCUGGAGUGAACAGCAACUUUCUAGAGACUUCUUCAGUGGCAGCUGCGCUGGGUCUCCAUACAACUCUCGGCCACCUUCUAGCUAUGGACCAUCCCCACAUGGUCAAGAUUCACAGAGUAUGCAGUUUUUAAAUACAGGAAGCUACAAUUUCCUGAGCAACACAGGGACUACCAACUGCCAAGGAGCAAUAUUGCCUUCUAAUUCGCCUAAUGAAUACUAUGGAAACAAUAUAAACUACCCAGAGUCUCACAGACUUGGAUCGAUGGUGAAUCAGCACGUUUCUGUCAUCAGCAGUGUUCGCUCGCUGCCUCCCUACAGUGACAUUCACGAUCCUCUUAACAUUUUAGAUGACAGUAGUAGAAAGGCUAGUUCAUUUUAUGCAGACAUGUCAUCUCCAGCUGCAUGUCGUCCUCCAGUAGUAGCAUCCAACCUACAAACCCCAAUUCCUUCUUCCUCAUCCCAGUGUAUGUAUGGAGCUUCCACUCAGUACCCAGCUCAAGAAACCCUGGACUCCUGUGGCGCAAAUGGUAGAGAAAUGGUGUCCUCCUUACCACCCAUCAACACUGUGUUCAUGGGAACGGCGGCUGGAGGCACUUAAUGAAACUUUAACAAUCUCUACUGUUCAAAUAUUAUUUGCUUAGACUGACAUCAGAGUGAAGAAAAUGGACUCUGCAGUGGCAGGACAUUACAUUUCAAGUCACUGGUAUAAAACUAUGGACAACUCCAUAGCGAAUGGAGACAUUUGCUAAGUUUGCCUUGCACACAGAUAGCUUUUAAUAUGAUCUCUCUAGUAAUCAUAGUUUCAAAUAUGAAACCACUGGAGUUUUAAAGAUGUGAACAUUUCAAUUAUGAUUUAAUAGUUCAUGUGCUAAUUUAUUAAAAAUCUGUGUUCCAUUUCAUCUUUGGUUUCUAAAAAUAGAAAAGUUUAUUUAAUGCCUUGAAAAUGACUUUAAUUUAUUAGGAUCGCAGAAUCAUUGUUUACUAUCCCUUAUUUGACACAACGUCAAAUGUGUAUGUUCUACCUCCUAUGGAAAUGUUUACAAGGUCAAGACUUAAUUCAAUUCAUCUUGGAACAGAGUUUCUUGGCUUUUAAUUCCUGUGCACUAGUGUCAUGAUUUCUGUUACAUAGCAGUAUUCCAAUUCUAUGUAACUGAUGAGAUUUUACAUGCUUUCCUCUUUAUUUAACAAAGAUAAGAAUAAAUAAAAAGAAAAAAGUAUGGAAAUA